AUGACAAGAGGAUAUUCAUUAGAACAAGAUUUAAGAUUAUUGAUAAAUAAUCCAAAGUAUAGCGACGUAGAAAUUUUAUGCGAAGAUGAAAAGAAAUUAUAUGGUUGUAGAGCAAUUUUAGCUGCAAGGUCCGAAGUAUUUGAUAGGUUACUUUAUAAUGGAAUGAAAGAAACUUAUGAAAAUCAAAUUUCUUUUCCAAAGAUUAAUUCCGCUGGAAUGGAAAUUAUAUUAGAAUAUAUUUAUACGGGAUCAGUUAAAGAAGAAUAUUUAACGAAAAAUAAUAUAAUCGAAGCUUUUUACGCUGCUGAUUAUUUUCAAUUAUCUGACCUGCAGGAAUUUAUUACAAAAUCAGUUAAGAAUACUAAUUUGGCAAAAAAUUAUUCACCGGAAUUAUUAUCUAAAAUUUCAGAAAACCCAUUAACAGAAGAUAAUAUUUUUCUUAAUUUAUUGGUUGAAACAGUAGCAGUUAUUCCAUUAAAUGAUAUUGAAUUUGGUCGAUUGUCUAUUGCAGGUCUUAAAAAUCUCUUAUCUAAUACACAUGAAAAAGAAGUGCCUUUCGCAACCCCGGAAUAUGAAGUUUUUCGGUAUAGUACAAUUCUAGUAGCAAAACAAGUCUCUAAUGAUGUAUACAAAAUUUUUAUCGAGCAGUUACCAACCUUAGGACAACUAGAUAAUUCAGUUCGAACAGAAAAUAAAUCUAUUACUGAUAAUCAAAAAAUUUCUGAAGAAUUGAUGCCUUUGAUUAAAUUUAUUGAUUUCAGAAGAAUUAAAGCACAAAUAAUAGUUGAUAUCAUUGAACCAUUAGGAAUUAUUCCAAUCGAAACAACUCUUAGCGUUUAUCGAUAUAUGGCAUUAUCAAAUAAUUUAAAUUUAAGUAAUACUCGUGGAAAACCUAUUAAUCAAUUCGGUCCCGGUUAUGUUUGGGAUGAGACAGCAUGUGGAUCAAAACUUAUUAUUGAAGAUAACGGAAAAAUUGUACAUGCACCAAAUGGUUGUGGUCACCAAAAUAUUAGAACUAAAAUAGCAUUAGAAAAUAAAGGUAUUUUUGAGUGGGAUAUGAUUAUUGAGAAAACUUGUGAUUAUGCCUGGGUUGGAGUAUGUGCACCAGAAGACUUUAAUUAUGAAAUUUGGGCAGGUGAUCAAUCUACCGGAUGGGUAUUAGGUUCUGGUGGUUAUUGUUAUAAUUCUAAUAAAGGAAUAAUGUACUGUUCUUCAUUUAAAGGUGAUGGCACAAUAGUUACAGUCCAUUUGGAUAUGAAUAAAAGAACUUGCGCUUUCACAGUCAAUGGUACAAAGUAUCAGGAAGUAUCAGCUUGGAAUAAUUUACCAUCAAAACUUUAUCCAGUAGUAUCAUUAAAAAAUCCUGGUCGUUUUCGAAUUGAACCUCAUCAAAAAAAUUAGAUGUUUGUUACAAAUUUUAUUUUAUUACAUGUAUAACUUUUUUGAAUAAAUUAAUUUAUGAAUUAUACUUUGUACUUACUAAUUAAAUUUCUAAGCGAG